AUAUCAGCACCUCCACGGGUCCUACCAUGGCGAUGGCGCCCCAAUAAUAUUAUUGCUAUUCCAUUCCUAUUCGCGUAUCGCUCUCUCUCUCUCUCUCUUCCAGUCUCUCUCUACCUUUCUUGGACUGUCCCAAGAUUUUUUCCUCGCUGCUUUUUCGUUUGCUACUGUCUUCUGCCAAUUUUCUCUGUAUUUAAAGACGCCCCUAGCAGAUGACAGUAAGUGAAGAUCGAUUCGGCGGCGUCCUUCGCCGGAGCAUUUCUUUCCGGUAUUGAGGCUUGCUUUUUCCGACGGAUCCAAAUCUGAAUCUUCUGUGAAAGUUCAUUUCCUUUAAUUCCAGUUUCCUCCACUUUUCGCCGAUUCCUCAAAUCUCGUCGAGAUUAUGGAGUUGAAAGUAGCUGCGAAUUCAUUACACUGGUCCCCGUCCUUCUCGUCGGCGAAAUCCUUCCAACCUUCGAAGCGCCGGCGGCGCCUCGUCUCCGGCGAUGGAUCUACCUUCACUCCGCAGCUAAUCCUGUCCGUCCGUCCUCGAUCUUGUAACAGCAGAAAAUCCUCUGUCUUAACCGUCCAAAGUUCAUUAACCUCCGUCUCCAAUUCCUUCCCCGAUGAAGAAUUCUGGAAGAACAUCCAGGAAUUCGCCACAAGGUUCCACCGGACGGACGACGUGGCGGCGGCCGGAAGCUCCUCGACGCCGGAGGAUUCCAAUUCCAAUUUCCCGGAAAGAGACGAAACGAUCCCCGGCAACAUCGAACGCAAGGCUAACAGCUUAGACAUUCCAUUCUCAUUGAGGAUCAUCAAGAGCAAGAAGAAAUGGCAGGAAGGGUUUACCGACGCCGGCGAGACGGCCUGCUGCUCGAUCAAGAAGGCGUUUUCGUCAAUGGUGUUCAUAAUCCGUGAACUUCAUAGCUACACUCUGCAGAUGCGCGAAGCUCUGUUCUACGAGGAUUUGCAGGGGAUCAUCGCCCGCGUGCAAAAGGAUAUGCACGCAUCCUUCGUCUGGUUGUUCGAGAAAGUGUUCUCCCACACGCCGACGCUGAUGGUGUACGUGAUGAUCCUCCUCGCUAAUUACAGCGUCCAUUCAUUGUCGAUUAGUCCUGCCAUAGCUGUAACCGCCCCAACCGGACAAGUCGAGGAUCAUAGAACAUUCGAUUUCUCCGUAGUUAGGACGGCGAACUCGGCAUCCAUGACGGGAAAAGCUGCCUCGGUGGGCGGCCGCAGUAGCGGAGGCGGCGGCGGGAAUUAUAAGCCUAUUGCUAGCGGGAUGGACGGGGAUGGGAGGUUCGACGACGACUUGAAAUGUCUUCCGAGUGUGGUUCCUGAUGGUGUUUCGUCGUCGUCGUCGAGAAUUGGGGAAGAGUCGGUGUCGAAUCAAGAGUCCCGCAAAGAGGGACCGUUGGAUCAGAUAUUCCAAUCCCGGGAUGAUGCGGGUGUCGUCGAUGGUGGCGAAUAUUCGGAUCACUUGAGGACGGAGAUGCAAUACGAGACGCAGUUGGCUUGCGAUCCGAAGAACUCGUUGCUACUCGCAAAUUACGCACAAUAUCUCUAUGAGGUGGCGAAGGACUACGACAGAGCCGAGGAAUACUUCAAGAGAGCGACUAUCGAAGAGCCGAAGGAUGCAGAAGCAUUGAAUAAAUACGCAACGUUUUUGUGGCGCGCUCGGGAUGAUCUGUGGGCUGCCGAGGAGAUGUAUCUCGAGGCGAUUUCGAUCGAGCCGAGCAACACUUAUUAUGCCGGGAGCUACGCGAACUUCCUGUGGAACACCGGCGGCGAGGACACAUGUUUUCCGCUCGACGGCGGCGACGAUGAGUUGUGAGACGGCGGCCGGAAAAUAUUAUACGUAUAAAGAAUGUGUAUGUAUAAAGGGACAAGUGUCGCCUGAGCUGUCGGGAGGUGGACACAAAUUUUGUGUCGUUCUCUAAAGGUACUAUAGAUCAAAAUUGUAAUUAGAUUUCAUUAUUUACAGCUGAAUAUACAUGACCUUUAUAUUAUUGUAAUAAUUGUCGACAGAACUAAUAAUGAUAUUAGUAAUAUUUUGAGGAUUA